AUGUUGUAUGGGACGCCUGUCGAAGUAGACGGGUUUCCUCGCCAUUGGGAAGUCAAGGUUACCCCGCAUCGGAAUCCGGCAAGUUCGAGCAGCUUCCUCGCGAUGGUAGAGGUCGGCCAGGUAGAUGCGGAUAAAGUUGACGACCUCGUCGGAUGCAUCAAGCGCAAGGUCUCUGUCGACAACAGACGUGACGACUGGAACUGCCAAUCCUACAUCACCGCCGUGGUUCGCAGGCUCGAGGAUCUCGGGAUUUGCGAUGAAGGGGCGGCAGGUACCUUGACCCAGCUCCUGCGGAAUGCACGUCGAUGA